AUGAAUGGCCAUCUUAAGACCACGCCACCUGUACCACCAUUAGUGCCCUCAAAGGUGGUCUUACCAGUCACAGUAGUGCCCCCGUUCGCGCACAUCCGAUACAAAGAAAAAUCCAGGGCCAAUACAUGCGCAGAAGCCACUUCAAACAAUUCUAACAAUGAACCUAUUUCAAAUAUUUUAUCUCAGUUUGUUACGCAACUAAAUUCCCUCAUUAGCCCAUUAAUUUCACUUUUAUCCAAAAUCUUAAGCCCAUUACUAUCUAAGAAUACUGUCUCUCCUUAA